AUUGUAAAAUCGAAAAACAACCCACUGGAUACAAAGCAAAGCCCGUAUCGUUUUGAGCAAAAGUGAUAUUUAUAACAGGCUGCAGCUGAUUGGCUGAGCUGAAGCGGGCGGAAGUUUAAGGCGAGUGGGGAUUCCCCGAGGGAAGUUCCCAGCUCAUUAUAAAACAUACAAAAUGUACAUUUGUACGAAUUAGUUCAUUUCCUCCCGUUUAACGCGACAAUAUACGUGUAGCAGCGUCGCGAUGUCCAAACUGUGCAAGGGUAUACGUGCUUGGGCUGUUUAGAAGUGAAGGGCCCGGGACCGCCCCGUUCGGAAUGUUACUGAAGGCCCCGGAAUGGACAAAAACAUCAGUGAGCAGCUCAACAAAGCCUUUGAAGCGUACCGCAAUGCAUCUAUUGAGAAAGAUAUUGCCAGAAAGGAACUUCAGAACAAGACAGAGAAGUAUCAACGCCAAACUCAGAAGCUGGAGAGAAAGAUAGAAGAGCAAGCAAAAACCAUCACACAUCUUAAAGCUCAGCUCGGUUUACUUCAAAAACAUGCACCAGUUUUAGGUGAGAUGAAACUUGCAGAGUCUGCGCACAGAAAACAGGAAGUAGAUACCUUGUCACCUAGCGAUAAUCGCCCUGACAACCAGUCCAGUUCCCUCAGGACUAACCCUUUCCUGAUAAACGAACCCACAGAGUAUUCCGGGAUGCUUCCACAUACAAUAACUGCCGCUUCCGGAAUAAAGAGUGAAGACGUUUUGGACACUCUGCAGGAAAUCCAGGGGACUUUCCAGAGGAUUCAAACCUUAGCUAGACGACAGAAAGAUCACCUGAAGAGAAUACACAAAGGAAAUGAAAGCGCUAAUGAACAGUUUUCCAUGCCCAUCCAAUGCACGGACGACACGGUGGAACAGGCUGAGGUGUCCUUUUCUGCACCACUACAGCCAGAAGUUGACAACACUUUAUCCUCCACAUCUCUUGCAUCACGUGGUGUCGGUCCAGACGACGGCCUCUUUGAUUCAUUAAGUGGCCUGAGCAUCAAGUUUCCCCCAAACCCAGACUCCGAAUACGACUUUCUUAACAGUACGCCAGAUAAACGAGAGGGCCUGCCCCUGCAAAUACCCGACCUUGGAGACCACGGAAACACAUUGAGGGAGGAGUCUUAUCCAUCAUACCCCGCCCCCUCUUCGCCCACUCACACAUCUGCCGCAUCUUCUGUGGCGCAUGAAAAUGUACGAGGACCCCAACAGCUUUUUUGGACCCCAGACCUCCCGGACAUGUCCUCCCAGGCGCCAGGGACAGACGUGCAGCAGAUGAACAGCAAAGAGAAGUGUGCCUUUUGCGAGGAUGAUGUACCCCCAAAUCACAUGUAUAGCCACCUCAAUUCACACUUCAAGAACAAAGCUGGCGAUUGACAAAUGCGGGCAAGGGGCCGCCCGCAGGACUGCAACGGGCUUUAUUCGUGGCUUUGUCGUGUAGCGCUCUACCCGUCAGAACACAUUUACUCCUGUCCUUCAGUGACACCAUGAAGAGAGCGGAACCUUCCACGCUCGUUUAUUUAAUUAGGAGAACUUUAAACGGUUCAUUUUAGGCUGGUCAUGUCUUAAUUAAUCUUUUUAGCUGCAUUUUAGUUGGAGGCAUUCUGAUGACAGUUUACUUUGCGGUAAAGACAUGCUUUCAUUUCAUUGAAGUAAUUUAAUUCGAGAUGCCAAUAUCAAAGACAUUCAUAUCCCAUGAUUGUAAAUGCUGUUUAUGUGAGGUCAGUCCAAUGCUGUGUCAUACAAGAAUUAAACAUCACACCGUUUUACUUCUAGACGCCAUUAAGUCUCUUUCUAUAGAACACUUUUUGUUUGCAUAUAUUACGUUAAAAACAAAACAUCCAUUUCUAUUGUCUUAAAAGGGUUAGUUAACUCAAAAAUGCAAAUUAUGCCAUAAUUUAAUCACCGUCAUGUUGUUCCGAACCCGUAUAACCAUAGCCUCAGUCACCAUUCACUUUCAUUGUAUGGAAAAAAGAUGCAAUGAAAACAUUCACUUUUGUGUUUCGUAGAAGGGUCAUACAGUUUUGGAACAACAUGAGGGUGAGUAAAUGAUGACAGAAUUGUCAUUUUUGUGUGAAUGAUCCUUUUCAUGUCAGGCCAUGCCUUGCUUAUAAAUUGAGUACAUUUGUGAAUAUAUUUGCCUUGUUCUGAUCACAGGACUUUCAGGCAUAAGAGAGACCGGGGCUAGUUGUCACAUGGUGAGGCCACUAUAUAUAUAUAUAUAUAUAUAUAUGUAUAUGUAUAUGUCACAAGUCCAAUUACAUAUGUUUUUGUUGGUUUCUAACACUUUCAAAACAGUCUUUUUUUGAACCGAAAGGUAUUUUUAAUACAUGUUAGGUCAGAGCAGGUUUUCACGUGUUUUAUAUGUUGUAGUAUUCUAGAAUUAAUUUACAUCUGUUAUGGAAUUACAGCAUCUGCUGGCAAAAACAAUGUUUGAUAUUUUUGUUUGUUACAUUUUCGCAGUUUCAUUUAUUAUUUUACUGUUUAAAUUUUAGCCGAAAAGGCUAUUUAACGGCAGGUUCCCCUUGUGACAACUUACCCCAUAUAAUGUAACAAAACGCCCCAAUAUAAAGCUCAACAUGUGUUCAGUGAACUUUAUCUUUUCUCCAGGGAAAUAACAGUAUAAAUGUUUAAAAGCUGUUUCUGUAGCCAGGACUUUAAGGUUGUGUAUGUGUCUAAAUGAACUUUCCAAAAUAAAACCACUCUGAGAAAUAAAGUAAAAAGUGUGACAACUAGCCCCGGUCUCCCCUUUUCGCAACAUAUCUAGUAUAAGAAGUUUCAGCAACACCGUUGUAAAUUUACUGGCCACUGGAUACAUUUUCCAUUUAAUCGUUUUGGAAGUAAUAACUCCUAAUUGCUUUAAUUUGAUAACUUAAUUUUAAUUUGUACCACCUGUGUGAGGGAAUCUGUUUAGAAUAAGAAAUAAUUCUUAGAUAAUUAUUCCAACUAUAAACACCAUCUGGUCUAUGAAAUCACUGCUGCACAGGUGUAACAGAUUAAUAAAAACUUUGCUACUACACAUAGUAUCAAAUGCAAGCUCACUUAGCAAUU